UGAAUGAGUGAAAUUAUGAAAAAUUAAAAGAAAGUAAAAAUAGAAACUUUUUUUUAUCAGUAUAUCAGAAAAGACAUUUUACAUUCUGCAAUUGCAUCAGUUUCACCAGCAAAUAAAAGCUGCCAUAAAUUACAUUCUGCAAAUUUGAAUUUCAGGAUCAAAAAACAGCCUCCAAAAUCACAGAAUCAACAUUACCCAUGACAGGAAAAUAGAAUAAAUUUUAAAAAAUAGAAAAAAAAAAGAAAAUUAAUUUGAUAUAUUUUAUAUAAACAUAUGAUUACAAUAGCUGCUGGCUGCUGCAGAGGUGGGGUGUUGUGACUGCAAAAGAUUCCAAGAUAACGCUUGUAUUAAUCUCUGAGAUAGAGAGAGAAGAGAUUCAUCAAUCUCUUAAAUCAUCGAUCAUGACUAUAUUGAAGAUUUCGAGACCAAAUUGGACUCUGCUUUUCCCAAAAUUUACAACUUUUUGCCAUCUGUUUUCUCUCUGUGCCUACUCACUACCAUAAAUGCCCUCCCUAAAACCCUUCUCUUCUUUCUUACUUCACUCACUUUCUUCUCUAUCUUCUAUAUCAGCACUUCUCGCUGUUCCCGUCAUUCUCUCGAGAAAGUUGCGAAUUUUACGGGAAAGUUGAAGUCUUUUAUUUUCUGUGAUGGAGGAAAAUGAGCCUUUGCCUGAACAUCUUCGUUGUAAGAGGACCGACGGCCGGCAAUGGCGGUGCAAUAGGAGAGUCAUGGACGACAAGAAGCUUUGUGAAAUUCACCAUCUUCAGGGCCGCCAUAGACAGUAUAAGAGGAAAGUACCCGAGUCACUGAAAUUGCAAAGGAAGUAUAGGAAGAAAUCAACGGGCAAUGCUGAGUCAGUGCCUGGCAAUGUUGAAAUUAGGGCACAGAAAGAGGAAGGUUUGACGAGAUUGGUGAAAUUGGAUAAACGUAUGAAGAGAAAGAAGUUGAUCGGUGAAUCUGAAGCGCUGGAUGAGGCUGUGAAGAAGGUGAGGCUAAAGAGAGGGGAUUUGCAGCUGGAGCUAAUACGAAUGGUGUUGAAAAGAGAAAUAGAGAAGAGAAAGAAGAAGAAAAAGAAGAAAAAAAAGAAAGUUGUGGUAGAGGAGAUUAGUAGUGAUAAUGACAACGAGAUGGAUAGUAGUAAUAGUGAGGGAGAGUUAAUGAGAGAUUUGCCUAAUGGGUUAAUGGCAAUAUCUCCUGCUAAACAUUUUGGCAAUGUGGCUGCUGCUGCUGCUGCUUCUUCUUCUAUGCCAUGUGAUAUCAAAAUUGGAGCUGCUGAUUUCAGUGCUACUACUAGAAGAUGUUUUAGGUCUAAAAACAUUGAGCCAAUGCCAAUUGGUACAUUGCAGGUUGUUCCUUUCAAGAAGGAUAUGGUGAGAUUAAGAAGGGGAAAGAGGAAAAAGUGCCAUUUGUGUAGGAGAAGUGGAUUGAAGACAUUAAUAAGGUGUACCAGUUGUAGAAAACAAUUCUAUUGCAUGGACUGCAUCAAAGACCAGUAUUCUGAUAUGCAAGAAGAAGUUCAGAUAGCAUGUCCAGUUUGCAGGGGAACUUGUUGCUGUAAGGUCUGCUCAGCAAUUCAAUGUAGGGGCACUGAAUGUAAGGGCUUCUCCAAGGACAAGAGCAAAGUCAACAAAGUUUUACAUUUUCAUUAUUUGAUCUGUAUGCUUCUUCCCGUGCUUAAACAACUAAAUCAAGAUCAGAGCAGUGAGCUAGAAAUAGAAGCAAAAAUAAAAGGCCAGAAACCCUCAGAUGUUCAAAUACAGCAGUUGUCAAGCAGCUGCAAUAAGAAGUGUUGUUGCAAUAAUUGCAAGAGUUCCAUUGUGGAUUUCCAUAGAAGCUGCCCAAGCUGCUCCUACAGCCUUUGCUUAAGUUGUUGUCAAGAUAUUUUUCAAGGGAGCUUACCUGGGACUGUUAAAGCCCAUAUGUGCAAAUGCCCUAAUAGAAGGAAAGCCUGUGUAUCUGGAAAGCAACUUUCGGAGAUGAAAUCAGGAUGCAUAUCUAAGAGGAAUUAUGGCAAUAAAUAUUUAGAAUCGUCUAUGUUAUUGCCUAGUUGGAAACUUCCCAAUGGUAAUGGCAUACCAUGUCCCCCUACUGAGUUUGGUGGUUGUGGUGAUAGUCUCCUUGAUUUAAGUUGUCUAUUCCCAUCAAGUUGGACCAAAGAACUGGAAACAAGUGCAGAGGAAAUAGUUGGUUGCUAUGAAUUGCCAGAAGCCUUGGAUGUUAUGUCACGCUGCUCAUUAUGUCUUGGGAUGGACAGUGAGGUUUAUGGGAUUACGCAGUUGCAAAAAGCAGCUACAAGAGAAAAUUCUAAUGAUAACUUCCUGUAUUAUCCUACUGUCGUGGACAUCCAUGGUGAUAACCUUGAACACUUUCAGAAGCACUGGGGCAAAGGUCAACCUGUAAUUGUUCGUAAUGUUCUACAGGGUACAUCUGAUCUUAGUUGGGACCCAAUUGUCAUGUUCUGCACUUAUCUUAAAAAUAAUGCUGCCAAGUCUGAGAAUGAGCAGGCUGCUGAUUGCUUGGACUGGUUUGAGGUAGAAAUUGGUAUUAGGCAACUAUAUAUGGGGUCUUUUAAGGGUCCAACACAUGCGAACAUGUGGCAUGAAAAACUAAAAUUGAAAGGCUGGCUUUCUUCCCAUUUAUUUGAAGAACAUUUUCCUGCUCAUUAUGCUGAAAUCCUUCAUGCUUUACCGCUCCCAGAAUACAUGGAUCCUGUUUCUGGUGUUCUGAACAUUACUGCUGAAUUGCCACAGGAAAUUUCAAAGCCUGACCUUGGCCCAUGUGUCUAUAUCUCUUAUGGUAGUGGUGAGAAUCUUCUUCAGGCUGAUUCCAUGUCAAAUUUACGUUAUGAUUCAUAUGAUACGGUAAAUAUCUUGGCACAUACAACUGAUGUCCCAGUAUCUACAGAACAGCUUAAUUAUGUAAGGAAGUUAAUGAAAAGAAACAAGGAACAAACUGAAGUGAGAGGAGAGCAAAAUGUGGAAGAAGUAGGGUUGCAUGAUAUGAUCACAGAAGAUAUGUGCUUACAUGAGAAAGUUGCUAGAGUAUCUUGGUUUUCUGCUGCCAGUCACAAAGCACAAUCUUUAAGUGUCAAAAAUAGAGAAGUGUACCUUGAUGAGGAAUGUGAUUCUGAUUCUGAUACUGAUACAGAUACUGAAGUCUCGAAAUUUUUCUUUGGACCAGUUAAAAGCAGUAGGACAUCAGAAAAUCUUAAGUUUUGUGGGAAGUAUACAGAUGGUUCAAACCAUUUUGGAAAACCAAAGGUUGCAGAGUCUUGUGGUGCCCAGUGGGAUGUCUUUCGCAGACAGGACGUUCCAAAGCUUGUUGAAUACCUCAGAAGGCACUGUAACGAGUUCAAUCAAACAUAUGGCUUGCAAAAGCUUGUGGGUCAUCCAAUACUCGAUCAGAACUUCUUUCUUGAUGCAACUCAUAAAAUGAGGCUUAAGGAGGAGUUCAAAAUUGAACCAUGGACUUUUGAGCAACAUGUUGGAGAAGCUGUCAUCAUUCCUGCUGGAUGCCCGUACCAAAUUAGGAAUCUUAAGUCAUGCGUUAACGUGGUUUUGGACUUCAUCUCGCCUGAAAACGUUACUGAAUGCAUCCAGUUGAUUGAUGAACUCCGUCUGCUUCCAGAGAACCAUAAAGCCAAAGUAGAUAGUCUAGAGGUGAAGAAGAUGACUGUUUAUAGUAUUAGCAAAGCAAUCAAAGGAAUCCGCGAGCUUACUUGUGCAGAGACCAGCGGUGAGCUCAAUGAUCGACAAUGAGGAACCGGUAAUUGGAGUGUUUACUUGCAUCUGAGCUCCUUCACUUACCAAUUUUAUUGUGCAGAGUUAUUGUUGUUCCCUGAAGAAUUUUGAUAGGACUGUGAUAUGAGAAAAAAACAAGAAGCUAAGCCUAAUUCCUGCAGCAGAUUAGAUAAAAGAUUAGCAUUGGUUCUCCCCUUUCUAUUUUCUAUUCCAACUCAGUGUAUGUAAUUGUGACCAAUCAAUUGGUUGUAUAUAAUAAAAAGAAGCCCAGAUCUCCAUUUGUUUCA